AUGUUCGCAACAUCUUGCACACAUCCCUGCGAUCAAAACGCAGAGACAAGCACAGAUCACAUGCUGGCGGGGCGCGUGGUGUUCCGAGAAGCGGUGUGGCGAAAGCGAUGUGAGGGCAAAGUGAUGGCAAGGGAGGCCGAUGGGUCGAGCACACGGGACGAAGAUGCUGCGCACAAAACUUCGGGCGCCGGGCCUACUUACAAGUCUGGCAAUCUGCUCUGUCUUGACAUCUUGGAAGCCCUUAGACUGGCAGUGCUUCGCGUGACCAGGAGGACGGGUCGUGGCACUGACGAUGGCGACUAUGACCGCCAGGCAAACUACCGAGAACCCGAACUCGUCCUUAUUCUGGCGGCCUACGAGGGGGAGUCGACUCCCAUCUGCACCUCCACAACCUACAUGUGCGAAGUAGCGAGUCGCAUGGCGAGCUUUAAGGAGACACUUGCAGGCUGUUUAGGGUUGAGGGUUUAG